AUGGCAGGCUGGUUGGGUGUUGACAACUUCCGCGACGCCGUGACGCUGCGGCGCUGGGCUGUGGCGCGGGAUGUGAGCGGCUGCCACUAUGCAUUGCGUGCACUGCGGCAGCUUCAGCAGUCCGUCAGCACCCACCCAGACAUGCCGGCGCCAGAGGACGUGAGCGGGACGGUGCAGCGUCUGCUGUCGCUUAUCCGCGCGGGGAAGUUCUCGCAGCUCGCGCGCGCCGCCGACGACCUCCAGUACCACCCGCUGCUGUUGCCGCAGCUGUACAUUCCGUGGGACCACGCGCUCGUGGUGCACACGUCCAUUCUGCUACCCGUGUUCGGCAUGGGUAUUAUUUCUGUGCGACUCUCCAUCGCUGCGCGACGGGAGCAGCGUAGACGCACGCAACAGUUGGCGGAUGGGGCGAGGAAGGCGCAGUAG